AAGAGAUACCAAACAAAUCAGAGAAUUGAAUCAACUCAAUUAUUGAGAGAUGGAAAAGAUGAUAUUAUUAUUGCUGCUCUUCUCUCUCAACUCUCAACUAACCAUGGGAGAAGGAACUGUAACAACAACAGGACCUAUUUCAAAAAUCUGCACUAAGAUACUCAACCUUGCUGACAACCAAAGCAAACCUCUUGGCACCGAAGAUGAGAAAGCCAUUAUUGAAUUGCUUGGAUGUCAGACGAGGACUUAUCGUCAUAACUCGCAUUGUUUCAUAGAACUUGAAGAUAGCGUUACUUGCGACUGCAGUCUCGAUAAAGAUGUUUGCCGGGUGACAGAAAUUGAUUUUUCAAGUCGGGAUUUGGAUGGUAAAUUACCAGAAAUAAUCGGAAGCCUUACAAAUUUAACAUCGCUAAAAUUGUAUUGGAACAAAUUUUCUGGCGAGAUUCCAACAUCAUAUGCAAAUUUAAAAAAUCUCAAGCAUUUGAAUCUUGAAGGCAACAAAUUGGAAGGAUCAAUACCCCCAUUUCUUGGUGAUAUGAAGUUGGAGUACUUGGAUCUAUCUGAUAAUUCAUUUAGCGGUCCAAUUCCAACUCAACUGGCUUCCCUGAAAAAUCUAACAAAUUUGGAUUUAUCUAGUAACUUAUUUGGCGGUCCAAUUCCAAUUCAGUUGGCUUUCCUAAAAAAUCUAACACCUCUGAUUCUAUCCGAAAAUUUAUUCGAUUGUUCAUUUCCUACUCACUUGAGUUCCCUUGUAAAUCUGGAGUAUUUGGAUCUAGCUGGUAUUUCAUUUAAUGGUCCAAUUCCACCUCAACUAAAUUCCCUUGUAAAUCUAGAGUUUCUGAAUCUAUCCGCUAAUUUAUUUAGCGGUUCAAUUCAAAAUCAAUUUGGUUCCCUCGUAAAUCUAAUAAUGCUGGACCUUAGUAACAAUAACCUUUCUGGUCCGCUGCCCUAUCAGCUUAAAAAUCUAGUUCUUCUUGAAUAUCUGAAUGUUCAAGGAAAUAACUUGAGUGGACCAAUCCCAGAUUUCAUUGCACAACUACAAAGUCUCGAAUAUUUGUCUCUACUGGGAAAUAAUUUCGAAGGUCCUCUCCCUGCUGUUGCAUUUUCAAACUUGACACAGCUUGAGAUGUUGAUGGUAAGCGACUUAGUUGGAGGAGGACAGUGGCAGUUUCCUAAUUUUACAAAUAUGGAUUCCUUGAACUAUCUGAUAUUGAGGAAAUGUUCACUUGUUGGCCCUAUUCCUGACAUUAUCUGGAAUCUAAAGGAUCUGUAUUUUCUGGACUUGAGUUUCAAUAGUUUGUUUGGCCAAAUUCCAAAUCAUUCCACCCUGGUCCCACCAAUGUACAUAUUUCUUCGAGGAAAUAAACUCAAUGGGACAAUUCCAACAUGGAUAACCAAUUCGACUAUGAAUAUCGAUGUGUCUGAAAAUCUUUUCACAAACAAUGUUGUAGAAAUUCAAAAUUUGGAUUCAAACUCAUCUAACUUGAACUUUUUCUCAUCCCUUAUUUCCAGUGACGGGGGUACACACUGGGAACAUGUUGGCUAUAACUGCAGCAGCGACCUAAAAAACCAAUUAAAUGACCAUCUAUUUAUAAAUUGUGGUGGUGUAUCAAUGAAUAAAAAUGGAAGUAUUUAUGAAGGCGAUCUGAAUUCAAAUGGAAGUUCAACUUUCUUUCUGAGUAGCAGUUCAAGAUGGGGUUAUAGUAGUAUGGGAUCCUACUCAUCAAUAAAUGACGAAUACAUAAUAAAUGAUGGUGAUGUCUCUCUUUACAAUUCAGCACGUGUAUCCCCAAUCUCGUUGAAGUAUUAUGGAUUUUGUUUAAGAAAUGAUAGAUACACUGUGAAACUUCACUUUGCUGAAUUAGUUAACAACAGCAACUAUAAAACCCCAUAUAUCAACAAAUCAGGUCGAGUUUUUGAUGUGGAUAUCCAGGGAAAGAAUGAACUUAAAAAUUUCAACAUAGAGAAGGAAGCAGAGGGUGUAAAUAAGGCUUACACUAAGGAAAUAGGAAAUGUUAUAGUUAACAAUAAUCGACUGGAGAUUCACUUAUAUUGGUCAGGGAAGGGUUCAAUGAUGUACCAAGGUCCACUUAUAUCUGCAAUUUCUGUAUAUAUUCCUAAAGAGAGCAGUCUGUCUCCUCCAAAGAUGGCUGCAAUCUCAUUAUUUGUCUUAAUUCUUCUAGUAGUGUUGAUAGUUUAUUUAUGGAAGAUGGAAGACAUUAAUUCACAUGAAGGAAUGGUUGAGUUGUAUCCUGGAGGACUUUACAACUUCCAAAAAGUAAAAGUUGCUGCUAAACAUUUCAAGCACAAGCUUGGUAAGGGUGGCUUUGGAACUUUCUAUGAGGCUACACUCGGCAAUGGAACAGUGGUUGCAGUUGAAAAGGUUUCGGCCACAAAAGAUAUAAUACGUGCAUUUCGAGAAAAGGAUUCUACAAUUUCUCUCAUGGAACAUCCCAACCUUGUAAAGCUCAUGGGAUGCAUUGCAGAGAAGAACCAAUUGUUGCUUAUUUAUGAGGAUAUAGGCCAUAAUUCCCUUCAAAAUGAACUUUUUGGUCCAGACAGGUCGAGAUUAGAUUGGCCAAAAAGGCGCAACAUUUGCCUUGGCAUAGCAGAAGGUCUAGCUUUUCUUCACGAGUGCAAGCAGAAAAUUGUCCAUGGAAAUAUCAAACCAACUAGAAUUUUCCUUGACAAACAUGACAAUGCUAAGAUAUCUGACUUCGGAUUUUCCAGGCUCCAUGACCACGAAAAGUCACGGGAAGAAGGAACAGUGGUAUACAUGGCACCUGAAUAUGCAAAAUAUGACCUCUUAACAACAAAGGCAGAUGUGUAUAGCUUUGGAGUUGUUGUACUUAUAGUUGUUAGUGGAAAGAAAGAAAAGAUUUCAAUGUCUAGCAGUGGGGCUGACACCGAGUACCUUCCAGAUCUCGCGGCACGUGAAAAGCAGAGAGAAGGGCAUUUUAUGAAUCUAGUUGACAAAACCAUAUCUAACACAGUGGAUUGGAAUCAAGCAGAUACAAUGUUAGAACUAGCAUUGAUGUGCUUGGACCAGUACCCCGAUCAAAGACCAACCAUGUCUCAAGUUGUCAAGGUUCUAAAGGAACAACUUCCAAUGAAGGAUCUAAUGGAAAGUGUAAAUCAGCUUUCUUCUGUCAGAGAUCGAGAUCAUCAACCACAUGGUGAGAUUAUUUCCACAACUGAGCUCUCAACUCACCAUUCAAAAUCGAGGAACACUUCAAGGGGUGGGAUGAUAGACACCAGCGUUUCUGCUUCUCCCAGCAGCACUGCUUGAAUUCAAGAACAACACUACAAAUCUAUGCUACUUUUCAGUUGUUAUGAUCUGCUAAAAUAAAUGAAUGGUUUUCCAAAAGAAUUAAGUGAGCAUUCUGAAACUCACAAGUGAUGGUGUAAGUUGUUUGUCUCUCUCUUGCUAGUAUGUUUUGCUUUUCUGAAAUAGUUAUGAUAUAUGACAUGCAUGUACAAUGCUAUUAUUUUAUAUUUUCCACUUUGUAAAUUGUAUGUGUGUUGUGUUUCAGCAUGGCACCCCCAAAAUUCAAGUUAUUGGUGUUUUCAGA